UCAACCUAGUGUAAGAGCCUCCCCGCGGGGAUGCCGGCGUAGAACGCAAGGCCUCACGGGCCGUUGACCUGCUGUCUCUGUGAUUUAUGGCGGCUUUGGGAGGGGGGAGGCUCCAGGCCACUGCAGACUCCCAUCUCUCCCUGCCGUCUCCCUUCACGCACGCGCUGUGCCGCCAAUCUGAAGGAGGCGUACGUAGAGGGAUUCUCGGCACGGUGUGAUUUGCAUCACGCUUGUGCACGUGCAUAAAUCCACGAGUCGGAUCGCCACACUGCACGUCGUCUCUUCCACCGAAGACGGCGCCUCUCUCGACUUUCCUACGCUGCAGCAAUCGCCGCCACACGUCUGUUAGACAAAGCCCACUGUGGGAGUGUGUGUGGAUUACCAUCAGUCAUGGCGUGUCAACUGUAGACCCCUCAGCACUGCUGCUUGGGGGGUGGGGACAUCUAAAUCGAUGGAAGGCCGCAGAGUAAAAAAAGUGAUGUUCCUUUCUUCACAAGCUGAUUCCACACACUCCAGGUAGUGAGACAUUCCCAGCUUAUAAAAAAAAAAAAAAAAAAAAUCCCCCAAAAGGUGUAAAGUUUGAGUGAGAGCCAAUAGGUGCCCCGCCAUGGUUUUGCCACCCCCCGACAAACGCCACGUGUGCUUGACCACCAUUGUCAUCAUGACCAGCAUGGCCUUCAUGGACGCCUACCUGGUGGAGCAGAACCAGGGUCCCAGGAAGAUCGGCGUGUGCAUCAUAGUGCUGGUCGGGGACGUGUGUUUCCUCAUCGUGCUGCGCUACGUGGCGGUGUGGGUCGGGGCCGAGGUGCGCACGGCCCGGCGAGGCUACGCCAUGAUCCUCUGGUUCUUGUACAUCUUCGUGCUGGAGAUCAAGCUGUACUUCGUCUUCCAGAAUUGUAAGGCCGACAGGAAGAGUCUGGAGACGGUGGCGAGGAAAGCAUUGACGUUACUUUUAUCGGUCUGUGUGCCCGGUUUGUACUUGGUUCUGGUGGCUCUUGACCGCAUGGAAUAUCUGAGGACUUUCCGCAAAAAGGAAGACAUGCGGAGCCGUUUGUUCUGGGUGGCACUGGACUUACUGGAUCUUCUGGACAUCCAAGCUAAUUUGUGGGAGCCCCAACGCACGGGCCUUCCCAUCUGGGCCGAGGGUCUGAUGUUCUUCUACUGCUACAUUUUGCUCCUCAUCCUCCCCUGCGUAUCGCUCAGCGAGAUCAGCAUGCAGGGUGAGCACAUGACCCCUCAGAAGAUGAUGCUCUACCCGGUCCUGAGCCUGGUCACCAUCAACAUGGUCACCAUCCUGAUCCGAGGCGUCAACAUGGUACUCUUUCAAGACAGCCGCGUCUCCACCAUCUUUGUCGGCAAGAACGUGGUGGCCAUCGCCACCAAGGCGUCCACCUUCCUGGAGUACCGCAAGCAGGUGAAGGACUUCCCGCACCCGCAGAACGCCAUGGCCAUGGAACUGCAGCAGAACUCGGUCGGCCACACGCAGACGCUGCCCAACGCCACGACUUUGCCGCAUGAACCCACGCCGGCACAGGACGCCAUUGACACAUGACCACCGGUGUCUCGCUCCUGGAAUGUGCACCAAACUGCGUCACAGAACUUAACAUGAACGUUUCACUAGACUCUGGAGACAGAAAAACGGUUUUAAUCGUACGACGCGGUACCUUGACAUAUGAGUGCCCCAGUUUCAGGCUUGGUCAAUUUUUUUCGCUUUGUUUUGAAGUUAGAAAUGAGCUAGAUAUAGACCGCUGCUCGCUUAAAGGCACACAUACAACACUACAGCUGACUUUCGGUUUGUCCCAACAUGCAGUACAGUAACUACACUUGCCAGUUUAUUGCUCUACCUUCUCUUUAUCCAUCCAUCCAUCCAUCCAUUUUCUGAGCCUCUUCUCCUCACUAAGGUCGCGGGCAUGCUGGAGCCUAUCUCAGCUGUCACCCUGAACUGGUUGCGGGCCAAUCGCAGGGCACAUACAAACAAACAUACAAACAAACAGGGCACAUACAAGCAAGCAUUCGCACUCACAGUCACACCUACGGGCAAUUUAGAGUCUCCAAUUAAUGCAUGUUUUUGGGAUGUGGGAGGAAACCGGAGUGCCCGGAGAAAACCCACGCAGGCACGGGGAGAACAUGCAAACUCCACACAGGCGGGGCCGGGGAUUGAACCCGGGUCCACAGAACUGUGAGGCUGACGCUCUAACCAGUCGACCACCGUGCCGCCACCUUCUCUUUAAUUAUGUUUUUUUUGUGUGUGGUUUCCAUACAAUACAGUGCUAUAUUUCUUUAGUACAACAACAACAAAAGUGUAUUUGGGGGAUUAAUGGCAUUUCAAUUCAUUUCAAUUGGGAAAACUGAUUUGAUAUACAAGGCAAUUUUGUUCCGAGCUUGGUAAUUAAACUUGUAAGUCAGGGUAUCAAUGUAUUGUGUUUUUAACUCUUUGGAGGUUUUAAACAUUCAAACUGUGUCUCCAAACUCAGCGGACCAGGAAAUUUCUUAUGUUGUGUAAAAAUCGGUUCCUUUAUGUGAGUGACGUCUAUUUUUUAAGGGUCACAAG